GGCCUGCUGUGGAACAUGGAGGCCUAGUUGCCGCCGGAGCUUCAGACCAGCGGCCGCAGCAUGGACAUGAAGAAGCGGGUCAGCGUGGAGCUGCGGAGCCGGAGCCCGGCGGAGGUGGACGAGCUGGUGCUGGACAACUGCCGCUCCAGCGACGGGGGGGUGGAGGGUCUGACGGAGGACUACACGCAGCUGGAGAUCCUCAGCAUGGUGAACGUCGGCCUCAACUCGCUCGCCAAACUGCCGUCGCUCCCCAAACUCCACAAGCUGGAGGUCAGCGACAACACCAUCUCCGGAGGCCUGGACCAGCUGGUGGAGAAGUGUCCCAACCUGACCUACCUGAACCUGAGUGGGAACAAGAUCAAAGAGCUGAGCGGCGUGGAGCCUCUGCAGAGUCUGAAGAACCUGAAGAGUCUGGACCUGUACAGCUGUGAGGUGACCACGCUGGAGGACUACCGGGACGCCGUGUUCCAGCUGCUGCCUCAGCUCACCUUCCUGGACGGGUUCGACCAGGACGACAACGAGGCGCCGGACUCCGAGGGCGACCACGACGAGGACGAUAAAGCUGGACCAACCAGAGACGAGGAUGAGGAGGAGGAGGAGGAAGAGGAGGAGGAGGAGUCUGAAGGAGACGAGGUCGGACUGUCCUACCUGAUGAAGGAGGGAAUCCAGGAUGAAGAAGAUGAUGGAGACUAUGUGGAGGAAGAGGAGGAUGACGAGGACGGAGAUGAUGACGUCGCUGGUCUUCAGGGGGAGAAGAGGAAGAGGGAGGUGGAGGAUGAAGAUGACGAUGACGAUGAUGAUGAAUAACCCCCCCCCCCCGCCAGGCGUCGCCUCAGACAGACAGGAAACAGCUGUGACAGAUGGGCUUCAACAUUAACAUGUUUAACUUUUUACAGUGUAGUCAGUGCGUAUAUAUCUGCAGAGACUGUACGCUAUAAAAACAACAACACCCCCCCGGUCAUCAGAUGAAAAUUGAGCAACAACACAAACUCUUGUUAUUCUCCAGGACAGACUCUGGUGUUCUGUUAGUUUCUGAUGCAGCAGAAACGUUUCACAUCAUCAGUCCGUGGAUUAGUUUCUGUCGCGUCAUCAGUUAAGAUCGUUUUCUUCUCUGGAUUUUCUCAACCAGAAGUUCAGCUGUGACCUGUGGGAUGUAACACCGCCCCCUGCUGGCCGGCGCUGGUCUGUCGCUCCGUGUAAAUACAAGUGACGUCGUCCAUGUUGGUUUCUGUGGUUUGGAUUUUAUUUUUUUAUUCUUGUCGUCUGAUCGUUGAUGUAACCAGAUGUUUUUCAUUAAAACUGAUUUCUUCAGUCAAA